AUGACGCGAUUCAUGCUCAGCAACAACUAUUUUAGGCCAAAUCACCAGAAAGGGUUUUUACCCGGGAUUUCUGGAUGCCUAGAACACAACACCUUGCUGUCGGAGAGUUUGAAAGAUGCUAGAAGAAGCGAGCGGCAAAUCACUGUUUGUUGGAUAGACUUGGAGAACGCGUUCGGGUCGAUACAACACGAAUUGAUGCUAUUCGCGCUUAGAUGGUACAACUUUCCACCCCUAGUUAGAGAUAUGAUCGCGUCGUAUUACUCAAAAUUAAGGUUUUCUAUAAUAACUAAAGAAGGCCCUUCAAAAGUUUGA